AUGGAGGUCCUCGACAUAUCUGAAACUCAAAUCCGUCUCAAAAAUCAAAUUAGAUACAAAUGUUUCAAUUCCACGGCCGAAACAUCCCCUACAACUUCCAGCUCCACCACAUUCUACCUCAUGACGCAGCGUGCUCCCUAUACUGUGUCAGGCACUGCAAACAAAUUGUUUGCUGUGGGGUGCCGCGACAUCCCCCAUUUCACCGGAAGCACCAACGCCGCAUUUUUUUCAUUAUCCAACGAUGGAACUGCCUCCUGCAGGACUAACUGCAGCUCUGGCGGCAAGAACGUCGUCGCAGGGGAAUGCAAUGGGAUAGGAUGUUGUCAAGCCGCAAUUCCCAAGGGAAUGAGAUCUUAUUCUGUGUCUCUUGACUACGAAAGUAACCAUUCAACCUUGGUUUCUUACAACCCUUGUGGGUAUUCAUUUGUAGCAGACCAAGAAAGUUUCAAAUUUCGUGGGAUUCCAGAUCUUGAUGACCCCAACGUUAUAAACAGGACAAUGUAUGAUGCUCCUUUGGUGCUAGAUUGGGUGAUAGCCAAUAAUACGUGCGCCAAUGCUCCACGCGAUCGCGACUCUUAUGCUUGCAAGGAGAAUACUACUUGUGUCGAUGCUGUUGAUAGUGGCAUUGGAGGUUAUCGUUGUAGUUGUCUCCCUGGUUAUGAGGGUCACCCUUAUCUUAGUCCAGGUUGCUCAGAUAUAAAUGAAUGUGAAGAUCUCGAUAGUAGUCCGUGUUCAAUGAUAUGCACUAAUACUCAAGGAAACUACACUUGUUCAUGUCCAUCUGGAUAUAUCGGCGAUGGUACAAGACAUGGGACUGGUUGCCAGGCUCAAUACGCUUUGAAGGUUGGCUUAGGUGUUGGCUUAGGCUCCUUAACUAUACUCAUUACUGGAAGCUGGGUAUUCUUAGCAAGUAGGAAUCGAAGACUUACUCAAAUGAAAGAGACAUUCUUUCAACGAAACGGAGGUUCUCUAUUGAAGCAACUAAUUGCUCCCAGUAAACAAGACGACGAUGUGGAACAAGUAAAGGUAUUUACCAUCGAUGAGUUAAAGGUAGCCACCAAAAACUUCAAGGAUGAAAGAAUCGUUGGUCGAGGUGGUUAUGGUACAGUUUACAAGGGAUUUUUACCAAACAAUCAAAUUGUUGCGGUUAAAAGAUCAAAAUUCGUGGACGAAAACCAAAUCGAGCAAUUUAUAAACGAGUUAAUCCUUCUUGCACGAUUAAGACAUCCUAAUGUGGUACGACUUAUAGGGUGUUGUUUGGAGGUCGAAGUUCCAUUGUUGGUUUACGAGUUUAUCUCCAAUGGUACGGUAUAUGAUCAUAUUCAUAACAAAAAUGGAGCUUCUUGGUAUUCUUGGAGUAAUUGUUUACGGAUUUCCAUGGAAUCGGCUAAUGCUUUGGCAUAUAUUCAUACAAUACCGAUAUUUCAUCGAGAUAUUAAGUCCGCAAACAUUUUACUAGACGAUAGUUUUACGGCAAAGGUGUCCGAUUUCGGUGCUUCGAGGUUGAUUCCAUUACAUGAAACACAUUUAUCGACGGUGGUACAAGGUACGUUAGGGUAUCUCGAUCCAGAGUACUUCUUUUCAAGUCAAUUAACGGCGAAGAGUGAUGUUUAUAGCUUUGGUGUUGUUCUUUGUGAGCUUUUAACAAGGACAAAACCGUUAUUAACGGAGAGGCAAAGUGAAGAAUCGAACCAAAAUUUGGCGACAUACUUUGUCAAGUCAAUGCAACAGGACAAUUUAUUCAAGAUUCUGGAUUCUCAGUUGGUUAUGGAAGCAACUAAAGAGCAAUUAAUCUCAAUAUCGAAGCUUGUAGAGCGAUGUUUAAGUGUUGAGGGUAAUGAAAGGCCAACAAUGAAGGAAGUGGCUAUGGAAUUAGGAGACUUAUGGAAGCAAACAACAUACUUGUCCCCGAACAAGAGUCGUCAUUGACGAUUGAUCGAAACCAUGAUAGCAUCAUUUAUGAGGUAAAUCAGUUUGAUCUUCUAUAGAAGCGUUUGUGGUUGGUUACAUUUUUAGUUGAAUUUCUUGUUGUAACAUAGAACAACGAUAUAAAAUAAAUAAGGAAAACAAAAAUUAUGCGUAGAAUUUCGAGAAAUGUUUACUGAAAUAUUACGUGUUCAUCAUUGCGUGUUACGACAUCCUAAGUCCGAUGACAUGACGCGUCACGGGACGUCGAUCAUGAAUAUUGGAUCACGGGUUUAACGAGGAAGUACAAGCGCAUAUCAGAUAUGUAUGAAAAGACAAAAUAGGA